UGUCGGCCAGGGCAGGCAGCUUCCUCCUACCCUGCAUCUGCAAAUGCAUCACCUAUCGCUUUAUUUAUUUGUUUAUUUAAUUUCCUGCUUAUUACCUUCUUCACUCACUCUGCUAGCUAGGAGUAUAUAUAUAUAUAUACACACAGCACCUCUCAACUCUAGCUAAACCCUGUCCCUUGUUAAUUCUUCUUCUUCUUCCUAACUACUCCAAGCUAGCUCAGAAUCAGAUCCAUCCAUGGCCUCCUCCGGCUCCAAGUCCAAGACCAACAAUGGCUUCUUCGUCCCUUCUCCUGCAACUGCAAUGGCGCCAUGCUUCCUCCUCUUGCUCAUCUUCUUCUUCCUCCAUGUCGAUGCUUCUGCUGCUGCUGCUUCUUCUUCUUCCCAUCCACAGCUGCAGGUGCAGCAGAUGCAGGUGAAGAGGGCGAGAUCCCUCCUGCAGGCUCCAAAGAUAGACUGCCAGGGGACGUGCUCGGGGCGAUGCGCCAACAACUGGAAGAAGGAGAUGUGCAACAAGAUGUGCAACGUCUGCUGCAACCGAUGCAACUGCGUUCCCCCGGGAAGUGGGCAGGACACCCGCCACCUCUGCCCUUGCUACGACACCAUGGUUAAUCCACACAACGGCAAGCUCAAGUGCCCAUGAUUCCUUCCUUCCUAUUAGCUGCUGCUAUUGCUCUCAGAGAGAUCAGAGUACAAUGUACUUGGUAGUAUGUGUACGUAUGUGUUCCAUGCAUCUUGAUGUUCAAUCCCUACAUCUCUCUGGCUGUCACUACUAGCUUAGCUACUACAUAGGACUGCUCUAUAUAAUAGAUGCCUUUCUACUUUCUUCAAUCUCCAGCACCAGGAAUAAAACAAACAUAUCAUGAUUCUCUUCUA